AGUCGAAGCCUUUCAACAACAGGCAUGUCCUUCGCGACCAACUGAAUUUCGGGUGAGGAACGUACCCCACGGUGUUUCCUUGUGCUGUGAGAAAACAUCCGGACGAGCUUUACCUGUCCGAAGCGGCGACGAAAGCAAGGCAUUCCUAUUGUGCAGAUUCUACGGAGGAAUCGACAAGGUGCUGCGCAUCGUCGACGCCGAAAUCCAGCUCAUCGGUGACCCGACGACUUUGAUCUCUUGGCCAACCCCGGGAAUGGGAUCCUCUCAUAACGACCCCAGCUUCAGAGAACUCGCCCAUCCGAACUUCAGCGAAUUUCUGAAACUGCAGAACAAUGCGUCUUUCAAACUCAUUAAAACCGUUGCCGACUUCUCGCAGCAACUCGCCCAGAUCCACGAGCAACAUGCGGACGACCUACAGGCACUCGUGGAAAACUUCCGUCGCAGGCAAACCGACUUGCGCAAGGAGUGGCCUCCGGGCAACAACUCGCUACUGCAGAGCUGGGAGUUGUUUUUACAGCAAGUCGAGUCAGACUCCCAGAGUCACGGGGAAAUAGCUUCCAUUCUCGGCCGGAAACUCGGCCAAACCCUGCUUGAGAAGACAUUCCAUCGGAAGAUACAGAGUCGGAAGAUUUUCCUCCAUAGGGACAUGUACGAAGGCAUUCUCACAAAAGCUGACGAGGCUCUGCAGAAGUCGCAGGCAGAUUACUUCGCCGCCUAUCAGCAGCUGCUCACGCAUCGCGCAUCGGGUCAAACGGCGUACCUGGAAGCCCACAACCUUUACGUGCAGAAUCUCCGGGCAGCCAAUGCGAUGAUCCACGAGUUCAACACUUCUUGCCUGCCUACGUUGUUGGAGGAACUGGAUGAAAUUUAUGAUGAAAUAUCGUACUCGGUGGCCGACGUCAUUCUUCAGAGCGCCAAUAUUUUUGCGGCGAAGGGCCAGGGGCAGCAGACGAGAUACGAGGAUCUCGGCCAGUUCUGCAGGAGCGUGAAUUCCAGGGUGGAUUUGGCCAAUUUGAUCAAGAACGUGUUCGUUCAUCAGCAGCCGCUGAAAAUCCAUUCUUUCAUUUCCCCCGUCGCUGCCUCGAAUAACUUGGAUGGUCAUAACGGGACCCAGGUCGCCGCAGAUGGCUCGUCGGUGUCCCUCCUGGGUGACGAUGUCGUUUUGGAUGUAAUGAGCGUUCCCUCAGCACGCGAGCGAGAAGACGCGCUGGGGAGCGAAGCAUUCGACCUGGAGUGCCAAGUUAAACAGGUUCAGGACGCCGUGGAUUCCUUGACGCGGAUGCAACAGAGGAGUCUGGAAACGAACUUGUUCAGUAAGGCCGAUGACCUGGAGGAGGAAAUCUGUACGAAGAAGUUCGAACUUCGAGCGCUGAUUUUACGGUUAGCCGCCGUCAGAGCCCAGUUGGACCUGUUCAAAUCCAAGCUGGACGUGAUGAAGGGAAAGAAACAGGAGGACUUUCCGCCAAGUGCAUAUGCCGGCGCUGCGGCCCAGUUCGGGCCCGGCACGCGGAACAAAUGGUUGAAGGCCUUCAAAUCCCUGAAAACUACCGGACCCGCACCUCCACCUCCACCAGCCCCGUGCAUCACUGUCGGGCCUUCGGUUGCAUCUGUGACUGCCCCAGUCGUCCCAGCGGCGACUAAUGUGGUUAAAGAAGUGCCUACCGACUCCUCGAGAUUCGUCGCCGUCGUCUCAGCAGUCAUGGCUAUCAGGAAGGGAGGAUCCAAGGACCGGGACAGCGCUUCGCUGCUGAACAUCAAUCACAUUUUCCAAGAAUAUACGUACAAAAAGAUUACCGCGUGUGACGUCUGCCAGGAGAUUCUCCGAGGGCACACGAGACAGGGGAUGAAGUGUCGGCUUUGCAAGAUGAACGUGCAUUUGGAGUGCCAGAACAACGCGGCCAAGUGCAAACCAAAAUCCCGCUUGCUCCUCCGACGUCAGAAAUCAACAUCGGAAAUCGAAGCAAAGCUUUUACAGGACAACCAGGAUCAGUGCGGCGAAAGGCAUCUCGCGGGCAGACAGUUCGGAAGCGACAGGAAUAUUGUAACAGGCGAUAGAAGCGGAUCGUCCAGCAGCCGCCCAGAAUUGCUGGCCCUACAAGGCUAUUCGUCAGCCGCACGAGGCGGACCAGCAAUACCACUUCACCCCUCUGGUGAAUACUACAAUGUGCCUUCUGUCAAGCGGUUUAGCUAUGCCCCCAAGGCGACUCCUACUUCAUCAAUGCUAAGUGUUGGUUCCGUUGCCCAUUCCUCUUCAGCUCCGGCAAGUCCCGUGCACCAUCGGCAACACCUUCCGGGCUCGCGGCCCGUGCACGGCCACAAACGUGUGGAAUACCAGGACGACAGGAGCUCUCCAGAGGACUCCGUCGAGUCCCCAAUGGUGUCUCCACAGUCCCAGCGGCCUUUGUACCAUCGGAAUGACAGGAGGGCGAGUGCGAGCGGAGGAUAUGUCGCUCUUUACAACUUCAUUGGGCGUCUGGCGGAUGAACUUCAUAUGAGCAUGUCAACUUUCAUGUUCGCCAUCAAGUUCAUGCUGGUUUCUCCUGCGACAUCGUUACAUCCUCAUAAACAUUUUGAAUCAUUGCGACGUCUGAAGGAGCGCUGCUCGAGUGGCUCGUGCAUCCGUUGCGGAAUGUUGGCCGAGGGCACGAGUACCUCUUGA